GGGGCGUAAAGGCCGCCAUUUUGCCUGUUAUUGGUUUGUUUUGAUACGGCUUUAUCGGUCAACAUCAUCUUUAAUUUUGACCAAGUCGUCAAGUAAACAAGUUAUUUGAAAUUUCCAAUCAGCUCUCUUGCUAUUGGGGCCUAUAUUUGUCGCAGAACUUUGUUGGUUUCGAAGAAAAGGGCAGUUUGUCUGCGGUACCCUCCCUGUGAUAUCUACCUUUCAAAAUGGGUACCAAAGAUGACGAAUACGAUUACCUCUUCAAAGUUGUCCUGAUUGGUGAUUCAGGAGUGGGGAAGAGUAACCUGCUGUCUCGAUUCACACGUAAUGAGUUUAACUUAGAAAGCAAAAGUACAAUUGGAGUAGAAUUUGCCACAAGGAGUAUUCAGGUUGAUGGGAAGACGAUAAAAGCUCAGAUCUGGGACACGGCCGGCCAGGAGAGGUAUAGGGCCAUCACUAGUGCAUAUUACCGAGGAGCUGUAGGAGCGUUACUAGUGUACGAUAUAGCCAAACAUUUAACGUAUGAGAAUGUGGAGCGAUGGUUGAAGGAGCUGAGAGACCACGCAGAUAACAAUAUCGUCAUCAUGUUAGUAGGAAACAAGAGCGACUUGCGCCACUUGAGAGCAGUUCCCACAGACGAGGCGCGUGCAUUCGCAGAAAAGAAUAAUUUAUCAUUUAUAGAGACAUCGGCCUUAGAUUCUACGAAUGUAGAAACUGCCUUCCAAAACAUACUAACAGAAAUCUACAAGAUAGUGUCUCAGCGACAGAUUCGGGAGAGCCCAGACAAUGAGAACUCUCCCAGUAACAAUGUCCAGACCAUCACUGUGGCACCUACAGACACCUCCGCAGGGGCCAAGAAACAGUGCUGUAAUAUAUAAGCCAGGGCGGGGACGCGCCUAACCAUCCGUCGGCGGUUUCCACGGCAACCAAAACACAAACUAAAGCUGGGGGGCAGAAGAGAGAGAGAGAGAAAGAAAAAAAGAAAACAAACGAUUAUAAAAG